AUGGACUACUACCAGACGCUAGGCGUUAAAAAGACGGCCACGGAGGAUGAGAUUAAGCGUGCUUACCGCAAGAUGGCCAUCCGGUAUCAUCCUGAUAAGAAUCUGGACGAUAAGGAGAAGGCCGAAGUAAAGUUUAAGGAGAUCGGAGAGGCAUAUUCGGUGCUUUCUGAUGCAGACAAAAGACGCCAGUAUGACCGCUUUGGCAAAGCUGGAGUGGGCGGUGCUGCAGGAAAUGGCGGCCCCACUAUGCAUCCAUUCCAAGGACAAGAUGCUGAGGAGAUCUUUCGUACAUUCUUUGGCGGACAAGAUCCAUUCUCCACAUUCUUCCAGGAUAAUGUUCGGGGUGGAGGUGGCAUGCACAGUUUCGGAGGCUCUCGCGUGCAUAUGUCGCAGUUUGGACCAGGAUUUACAUUCACGUCGUUUGGUGGAGCUCCUGGCAUGGGCAUGCCAGGCAUGCGUGUUCAUCGUGUUGACCAGCGCCAGCGCGCGCCAAAUGGACAAAACGUAGCUGGCGACAACCGACCGCAGCCAAACGGACAUUUGUCGCAAUACCGGAUCGGUGGUGCUAAUUUAUUGCUAGUUUUCUUUUUGCUGUGGAUUAUGGGCGUGCCUUUUAGCUAUCUGUGGAUAGCGCUAAUGCUGUGCAGCUACCUUGGACUUGUAUGA